AAUUUGUUUUGAACUUUUUUUUAUAUUUUCCCAGGAAGCCUUAGUUUAAACUAUGCAUAAUAUUCAUAUACCUGUGUGCCAAGCGAUGUUGGAGUGAUUCCAAGGUGUCAUCCACAUAGUCAAGUGUCUGGGAAGCGUCUCACAAUGGGCAACAAAGCCUCUUACAACCAAGUUCCGAUAGGUGAUAUGAGUUCGCCAUCGUUACAUGCAACCGAUAUCAAGAAACCAAAGGAUGCUUCACAAAUACCGGAGAAUGUCGGGGGUUCUGAUCUUAUGUUUGUAUUCCACGAGACAGAAGAUGACUCAGAGGAAAGGGUCGUUCAUGAACAGAUUAAUAAUCAGAGAAAUAUUGAUAAAGAAUUAAAGUACACAAUCACUCUGAAUGAUAAACUGAUAUGUGAAAGGCUGAACCAUGCAGAGACGACCGAUAUUAAAUCUUUAUGCACGAUGCUUCAACCAGGUGACAUCGUUGAGUUUUGUGCGGAAUACCACACCCACCACUGGGUGGUGUAUGUGGGUAACUCACAAUGCAUCAGGUUGAAGGCGGGAAUGGUGACUGAGGAAGUUAUAAUGAACAUCCACCCAGACCGAAUGGCGAGGCUCGUGAAUGGUGUUUAUAAAUUAAAGUCAUUGCCGAUACAUCAGGUUUGUCAUGCAGCAAGGACACAGCUCGGCAAGGAUUCCGUUUGGCCGACGAGUGAAUGCUUUGCAGCUUGGUGCAGGUUUGGUUGCCCGGAGUUCAUGAGUUCAAAGUUGGAGAUAAAGGAUUUGGAUUCACCAAAGGCGGAAUCCGGAACAGAGAAAUGUAAGAUUGACAUUUAUAAUGAUUUUGGAGAAAUUUCAGAAACAAAACAUUUUACGAAUCUUGUUGAGUUGAUUAAGUACAGGAGAAUGAGAGAGAAAGGCAAUAAACCAUGACCGAACUAUAGGAGAGACAAUUCAAGCAUCACAAUCAAAAUGAGAGAGCAAUAGAGCGUGACUGUUUCUCUUUUUUUACUCAAUGCACUUGUAUAGGACUCAAGUUGUUAAUUUCUACUGAAUUUUUUUUCGAAUUUUAUUUCUGUGAAGCCUAUAGUAUGAUACGAUUUUCCCCGCUGGUGGCGUAUUGUGCUUAAUGAUGUUGCCGUCCCAGGUUAUAAUUUUUUAAAUCGUCGUACCCGCCGCCUAUAAUAAGUAGAAGAUUUAUGUCUUUCUGAAAACAGAGCAGCCAGUGGCGACUUUGCUUGAGGUAAAACUAUGAAAUUUUUUUAAGUAAUGAAUUCAGAUAUAAUUACCAGGAAGAUUUGACGCAAUACCAAGGCACGAUGUGAUGAAGGUUAUUCAAACAAUUCCCAAUCUUACCAGUUUUGCAUGUUAUACUAUAACAAAUGCUUGAAAAACCAUCCUAGACCAACAGAAUAGUGAUUUUGCUUUUCCAAUAUUGUCUCUCCCAUCAAGUCCAUGCAUCUGAAUACAACUGGCCAACCAAUCCCAUAUCCGACAUUGACUGGUAACCAGACGAGAGGCAGUUAUUUUUCACAUGAUUUAGCCGACUUAUCGACUUUCAUUUCCCCACGGAUA